UGCAAAAUAGAAUAGUAUCUAAUUUAAAUUAGGAAAGUAAAGAGACAAAAAUAUCGCUCGUUCUUUUAAAUGACUAAUUGUAAGGUAGAUUAGCGCCCAUGUUGCCUCGUCUCAAUUAUCACGUGUGGUCGCGUCGAGUUUAACCUCAAAGCAGCGAACGACGGCCUCUGAACCGCGUGAAAUGUGGACUUUCUUAAAAGAGAUUGACAAGUUAAUAUAAGUUGACGGCACGUUAAAUAAUCCCUUUCCCUUCAAAACAAAGACGACAUACCGCGGCUCCGUCGAGGGAUAAAGUAGAGUAAAGGAAACGACCCCGUGAAUCCGAAUCGGGAGGCAAUGAGGGGCGCGAUGACGGUGUUCAGAAGCGUGCGACUCAGCGAGCUCGCGGUGGCGUUUCGCGCGUGCCACAGGAGCUACUGCACGGAGAGCUACACGACGACGACGAACAAGGUGGUCCAUCCGUACUGCCAGAUUCACCCGUGGAAAUCGCUCGACGAGUUCGCCAAGGAUUUGCUGAAAAACGUUAUUUACAACAAAGAUGGAAUAAUUGCAAUAAACAAACCAUAUGGCAUAUCUCUGCUAGCAAACAACCUCGAGACUACAAAGGUACAACUGCCGCAGAGACAGCAACUUCAUAAGAUUGUAGGAGAGGUAAAUUAUUCUGUACAAGAUGCUUUUCCGUAUCUUGCGAAGGAAUUAGACGUACCAAUCUUAAUACCGUGCCUGGGAUCAGAAAAAUACAUGAGUGGCACAUACGUUUUUGGAACUGACGAUAAAGUGUGCAAGCAGAUAGAACAGGCGAGGCAACGAAGUCAAGGCAGAUCUAAGAAAUUGUGGGUGGUCACGACCAGAGUUCCAAACGAGAUCAAAGGACAGUAUCAUCUAGGGAUGACUUUGAAAACGUCUGCACUAGGAGACAAAAAGCCUAUUAUCAUGACUCAGUGGGCUAACAACAAGGUGAAGAGAAACGAGGUCAAGAUAAUGAACAUAUCUCAUAAAGUCUUGUCCAAUUCGACACACAAUUUGAGCUCCCUAAUAGAAAUCGAAUCGUCCGCGAGAAAGUGGAAUGGCAUCAGGUUGUUCGCCUCCACCAUGCUGUACAGCCCGAUUCUCGGGGACAACGUUCACGGAUCGCGAGUCCAGCACGUCAUGGGUACGUGGAUGAAGGUCGAUCCAUUCGCCGACUCCUGUUCUGAUAUGCCGAAGUUAAAUCGACAACUGCUGGAUCUGCUAGACGUGACACCGAAGCAGCAAGAAAUAAUUCCGACACACAUGCAUCUGAGAAGUGUGCACCUAAUCUAUGGCAAAGAGAAAGAAGAUAUAAUAAUAGAGGCGCCCUUGGCAGGCGCGUUCGACUGGACCUGCAGGCAGCUCAUGUUCAAGCUACCGGGUGAAGAGAGGAAUGCAGCUGCGGAGAAUAACGAGGAGAAGUUAGCUUACGUGUAAUACAUAUGAGAGCAAUUAACUUGCAUGAGUUUCUUGCUAAAUAUUAUGGCUGACACGACAAUGGUCAGUGAGACAGCACGUGCUUGCCUUUUAAGAUUCUUCUCUGGAGAAUUCUUCUGCCAUUCGGCG